UCUCAAACAGGGUGGCUUCGGUCUUGCGACGGCAAUUUCUACCACUAAUUCCGCUUUCCUUGGAGCUUGGGCCAGCACUCUAAAUAAUUUAGCCAACAGAGACAACAGAUUUGAGAGCAUUUGCAGUGAUAUUUGCGGUGCCUUGGAGACUUUGCCUCCCAUUUCCAUGGACUUGAGUUUGGCCCUUCAAAAUCUACAUAAAAUUUGUCCAACAACUAAAACACUACUUCCUUCAUUAGACAAGCUACCAGAAAUACCACAGAAGUUACAAUCAAAACUUCAUUCAGUCAUCAAAAACAAACAGUUUGAAACUUUUCUUCAGAACAGCAGCUGUAAACAAGAAAAAGCGAGAGUCAUAAGCUGUGGUGGACCUGUUGCUGGAGUAUGGUUAGAUGCGAUCCCUAGUUCGCAGCAUUACACGAUGUCUUCUGCCCAAUUUCGGACAGCAGUUCUCAUGCGACUAGGAGUCCCUCUUCCACAACUUAGCAAUAUUCCAAGAUGUACGUCAAGCUGUAAUCAUGAAGUCGAUGGAGAAGGAUAUCAUUUCCUAACAUGUAAACUCGGAGGUGGCCCAAUUUUCAGACAUGAUCACAUUCUAGACGAGUUUUACCAAAUGUUGUGUGCAGUAGACCUUCGAUGCAGAAAAGAACUUACAUCACAGUUUGCUGACAAAAAGAGACCAGACAUUGCUAUAUAUAACUACAGAGAUGACAAAAAGCUUCUCCUGGACAUUACUAUUACUCAUCCCUGUGCUGUGCGAAACCUUCCAGGAAGCAGCAACAAAGCGGCUUUUGCCGCUUCCGAACAAGAAAACAGAAAACGAGCUAAAUAUUCGAAACAAGCUGAAGAUCUAGGACACCUUUUCAGACCUAUUGCAAUAGAAGUGUUUGGUCGUUGGGGUCAGGAUGCAGAAUCCACUCUUUCUGAGGCAUCUCGCAUGGCGCAUAUGUGUUCACAAAUAAACUCUGCCCAAUUCAAGAAUCUUUGGCAUCGCCGCAUUUCAACAAGUCUCCAGAAAGAAAAUGUACGCAUUAUUGAGAACAAAGUAAAUACGAUAAUUAGCAAGAAGCAAAAGGAACCGAAUGCUAUUUCUAGAUUAGGUUUUAGUUCUAGAUGUUUUGGUCUAGAUUUCAGUUACAUUGUUAAGAGUAGCAAAUUUCUUGAACAGUGUUCAAGAACAAUACUAUUGUAA